UCCGGCGCACAGACCGUCGCGGCGCCGCCCCGCCAGGCGCCCGCCCCCCCCUCCCCUCCCCGGCUCCCCGCCCGGCACCCCCAGCACUGCCUGCUGCCCCCGGCCGGCCGGCCCCCCACCGCGACUCCGCGAGGAAUUUGCAAAGCGGGAUCCAGGGAUCGGAUGGCGGCGGUGGCGGAGGAGCCGCAGCUCCUGGGAUCCGCCCCUGGGGUGGAAGACGCGGGAGAGAUCGACGGCGUGGUGGGGGAGCAAGGGCGGCCGCAAGGCGACGGCGACGACGAGAUCCUGCGAUUCAUGGACUCAGUGGAUGGUUACCUCUUCCUCAUGGACUCCCUCUACUUCGCUCUUCGUCAGGGGUGGCUCGAUCUGGCAAGUGCUCGCCAUUCUAUGGGCCCAUCACGUGUUUCAAGUACACUGUUUGAUCAUAAAGAACAGUCUGCUGCCACUAAGCUGCAAGUUGUUGAUCAUGCUGGCCUGAAACCAUCAGAGUCAAAACCACACUUUGCCUUAUCGAAGUGGUGUUUGAAAGAAGAAUGUCAUUCCACCUAUGAUGUCGGUGAGCAAGCUAGUACUGAGCCAAAGUUGAGGCAUCGAGGAUCAGCUACUACCCCAGAAGAUGGAAACCCUGAAAGUGAUGCAACCACAGCAGAUUCGGCUACUGAUGCUGGCACUAGCAAUCAUGUUCAAAGAGCGAGAUCAAAAGCAUUGUCAGUCUUUGGAGCACUGGUGUCUCCAAAACUACGAACAGCCCAAAUUUCAUUUGAGACAGCCCUUGAAUUGAUUGUAGAGCUAGCAAAUUCAAGGUCGAAUAUGCUAGCAAGUUUCUCCCAGUUAAAAGAGUGAAGCUUGGCUUUUGUUUUGAGGUUUUGUAUACCAGACAUCUAUUCAAUACUCAUGGGAUUGGGGCAACUGUAAACUCAGUCUGGAAUCCAGUAUAUUUUCAAGGAAGCAUGAAUAUUUGUUGUGUAGCUCAUUAGCGGUAACCUAGAUAAACAUUGUGGUCCGCGUGUCCAUAUCUUGCUUUUGUGAAGCUUAUUAGCUGUAACGCAAGACAAACAGUGUGGACCGCGCUUCCA